AUGUACAACAAGGCAAUGCUCAGCCUGGAUCAGGCCCAGAACGCCAUUGCGGCCAUGAUCGCCGAUUUCAACCGGGACCCCGACCGUCGCAAGGUCGAUAUGGCCGUGGUGGACGAUGCCGGAAACCUGCUGGCCUACGUCCGGAUGGACCGUUGCUUGCGGCCCACCUUCGCCAUUCGCAAGCCUACACCGCCGCGGUCACGCUCCAUGGACACCGCCGCAUCGCGGAGCAGCUCAGCGGCACGGGCAGUCGCUUGA